UAUAUUGGAUGCACUCAAACACACACUACUAAUUAAUUAAUAAGAUGGGCCUUCCCUUAAUUUUGCCUCUCCCUUCCCUAUUAGAUAGAGCUCAACCCAAUCAAUUUUCCUUGAUCUAAGCCUAAACCUUUCCCCAAAUUCCCAUGAGAGAGAGAGAGAGUGUGUGUGAACCCUUAAUCUAGAUAAACCUCAAUUAGUUCCCUAAAAUCGAGUUGACUCUUAAAUUAAUAUGAAAACCAAAACCAAGCCUAUAUCUAUAAUUCUAUCACCUAGUUGACUAGUUGGGAAAAGGACCUAAUUGAGGAGGGCCUCUUCUCUUAUAUUUCUCUCUCUCUCUCUCUCCAAAACAAUAUAUAUGAGUGAGAGAGAGAGGGAGGAGAAUUCUAUUGAAUCCAUAAUAUCCAAGUUUACAAAAAUUCAAAAAAAGAAAAAGAAAAAAAAAAAACCUCUUCUCUCACAAAUGAAUAACGCCACCGCUUUAUCGGACUACAACGACAACCCCAUCGGCGACACCGGGCUCGGCGGCGUCGGCUACGGCGUCGGCCUCUCCAUCGCCGUCCUCGUCGUCUUCGUCGUCAUCACCUACUUCUCCUACAAGUGCAAGCGAUCGCAGACGGACUCCUUGUCCUCCUCCUUCCGCCGCCGCUACUCCGCCGGCGACGGCGCAUCCGUCCACGUCGUCAUCCACCGCGACGGCCUCGACGCCGCCGCCAUCUCCGCCUUCCCGCUCUACACCUACGGCCAACUCAAGCCCCACAAAGGCGGCGGCGCCGCCGGCUGCGCCGUCUGCCUGUCGGACUUCAAGGAGAGCGAGGAGGUGCGGCUGCUGCCGGAGUGCGGGCACGUCUUCCACCGGAGCUGCAUUGAUCCGUGGCUGAUGAUUCACCCCACGUGCCCCAUCUGCCGGAACUCGCCGCUGCAGACGGCGGUGCCGACGCCGCUGCCGGCGUCACAGCCUGCUCCGGUUGCUAACCAAUAAUGAUAAUCUUCUUCUUCUUCUUCUCUUUUUUUUUUUAAUUUUAUUUUUUAAUUGUUUGGUGAAUGGAACAGUCGUAUAUAUUUAAUUUUUUUUGGUCUAUGGGAAUAUUGAAUAAUUUUGUGGUGUAAAA